GGAUUAACUGUCUAGCUUUUUGGCAUUAAUUGAAAUCCAAAUUUUAAUAUAUAUCAAAAUUAAAGUGUUAUGCUACCGAGUGAACAACUACGCAACUUCAAUCAACGUCUUAUACCAUUGACACCAGAGCUGAUUCAGGAUAUGUUGGAUAACGAGGGCCUUGAGUAUCAGACGCCACCUGGUGGCCAUUCGCUUUGCUCUGAGGACUACAGCCUAAGGAGCACAAGUCAUACUAACGCAACGCAGUUUCAAGGUCAAAACCGGUCCUAUAAUUCCCAAUCUAGGCCAGUUAGGCGAUACGAGAGAAACUCAACGACUCGCAGACCGAACGAGGAGAGCGAUAGUUUGGAGGAAGAUAGCCAUCUAAAGCAUCAGCGUGCUAGGAAGCACAAUCCGUCGAGGCUGUCGGAACCGAAAUAUCAUUUGGAAUUACUUUAUGCCGGCAGGCAGGGUCAGCAGUUUAGUAGCAGCACAGAAGAUGAGUCAUCGAACUUGAGAAAUCUUUUAGAUAUGCUUCGGUCCGCGGAACGACAUAAUUACAGCAAGGACACCGAGACCAGCUCGGCUGGCGGUUGUACGCAGCCUAAACAGCCCGAAACAUUCUCCAUGGAAUUCUUGUGUAUCAAACCUUCAAGAAGAUGCCUAUAUAGUACAAGCUCUGACAGUUUAAUUUCCAAACCCUCAAAACAUAUAGAGAAACAAAGCGAUCUUGGCGAACAAAAUUAUUGCCGCAUAAAUCAGCAUUGGAUUAACAUGGUGGUGGUACCCAAGUCGGAGACAUCCUUUCUACUGAAUCAAUGCAAACUACAAAACUUUAAGACGAACAGCUGCAAUGCCUACUACACGCCCAAAGCAAAGGACUUCAGGCGAGACCGUGAGGCGGUUGCUUCGCUCUUGGCCAGACCUCGCUGCAAACGGAAUUCUAGGAAUGCGUAUUGGUAGUGAAAGUGAAGUGACUUUUUAAUGGGCAUUUUAGAUGCACACAUGUUCAAAACUAUGUGAAAGCGAAAAGCGCAGCUGGCUAUGGUCAUGGCCAGAUAAAACCCAGGAGAUGCUGGCCCGGGUCCAAAUGGAGAGUCAUGAAGAAAAACUCGCCACUUGCACUCGUAAAAAUUUACUACCUGACAUGGCAUGCAAAAUCGAAUUGUGUGCUAAUAUUUGGCCGAAUGCUGCACAAGAGAUCGCCAGAGGCCACCUUUUGGACAUGGACAUGACGUACUGACUGCGGACGAGGAGUUUUCCCAGUGCCAGCAUCGACUUUCUGACAACAAUAAAAUCAUUUUUGCAUGCUCAAAUUGGCAAAUACCAGUUAGGCUGUGCUGGAUGUGGUGGCCAGCUAGGGCGGGCGAUUGUAUGUGUGGAAUAAUCCAAGGAAUGGCCAACGUCGGCGUUUGUCCACCUCGCAAGUGUCUCCGUGAUCGACAUGCAAUGCCAGUGAAAAUGGUUGUCAAAUGGGUAAAAGUUGUCAUGGAACCCAGCCGGCCUGAGCCUAACUAAACCUUUUGUUGCUCCCACCUAAGGGUACGAUAAAUUUAAAUAAAUCGCCUGUAAGACAUAAU